GAUUCUGUUAUAAACCCUGAACUCAUUGCUACUGUUAUGAUAAUAUCUAAUAAAGAACUUCAAUUGACAGAUUCAAUAUUCAUAGAUCCAUCUGUACAUUCUAUUGUUAUCAAUAUAAAAGCAAUUUUUGAAUUUAAAACAUUGGUCAAUUAUUUUGUAUUAUAUCGUUGGCAAAUACCCAUCUCUAAAAUAUGUACAAAAGAUUCAUCACAACAUUAGUAAUGUUCACGUGGCUUCAAAUGUGAAAUUUGACAUAUAUUGUAGGUAACCAAAACAUAUUAGCUUAUUGUUUAAUUCAUAAAUAUAAUUAUACUACACUAGCUUAAUUGAUGUUUAAAAAAUGAGGAAAGAGAGCUUAGCCGAAAGAAUUACAUCAGUUUUAGUAACAACUCCAGCUCAAGUUGAUAUAGAAGAUGAUUUUGACGAUAACUCACUAUCAGUAUUGAAAACAAAUACUGAAGAUGCAGAAAAUGUUGAAGAAAGUACCUUUAGAAAGAAAAAUGUAAAUUUAUUAGCCGACAUUGAUAGCCGUUAUGGGGGCACAAUAGAAAGUAGAAAAAGUUUAAACUACCAAGAAAGCGACUUGGAGGAGUUUGAAAAUAAUACAGAAUCUGAAUCAGUCACUUCAAAUGAAGGAACACAUGAAUUACAGGAAGAUUAUGAUUCAGAUCAAGAUUCUGAAGAUAAUUCUUUAGAAAACUUGCAAGAAGAAUAUGAAUCAGAUGAAGAUCGUGAAUCCGUAGAGAAUUCACAUACUGAUGAUAAAUAUAAAUCUACAAACCAUGAGGAUGUUAUGAAAAGUUUUAAAAAAGGACAAUGUGUGAAAAACCAAAUGGCUCUCUGGGAAUAUAUUUUAGAAAUGAGAAUUCAAAUGCAGAAAAGUCUAAUGGCUGCGAAUAAAAUGCCCCAAUGUGAAUAUUAUAGAGAUAUGAAGAAUACAUUUGGACAGGAUUUUACAAAUAGUGUGAAAGAUACAAAAAAAUCUUUAUCAACAUUAUUAAAUAAAUUGUUGCUUUUACAAAAACUUUUAUGGGAUAGGUGUCCUGAAAUUAAAAAAAUCCAAAAACCAGAUAACAAUCCUGAUGAUGAGGAGAUCCCAAGUGAUAGUGAUGAAGAUGAGAAUGAGGACGAAAUCAAAAAUAGUACACCAAGCAAGAAAAGGAAAUUAUCUGAUUUUGAAAGAGAUUUGAAAGAGAAGAAUGAUACGUUUAAAAAUUAUAGAGAUCAUGUUAUCAAAAAAUGGCAUGAAAAAAUUAGAAUUACUUCAACAAAUAAUGAUACAAAUGUUCUACCUAUUAUUAGUCACAUUGAACACGUUUUAACAGAUAAAGACAAGCUAAUUAGGAAGACUCAAUUGAGAAGGACUACCUACAAGAUAGUAGGAGAAAAUAUUGAAAAUGAUACUGAUAAAAAUAAUUUAGAAGGAUCAGUUGCUAUUUACAAUAAAGAAAUAUUUGAUGAUGACGAUUUCUAUCACCAACUUCUUAGGGAAUUGAUAGAGUUUAAAUCUGCCGAUUUGACAGAUCCUGUGCAGUUAAGUAGAAGGUGGAUGCAAUUACAGAGUUUGAGGAAUAAAAUGAAAAGGAAGAUUGAUACAAAAGCUACUAAGGGAAGGAAAAUCAGAUAUGAUGUACAUAAGAAGUUGGUUCACUUUGUUUCUCCAAUUGUAGAUAAUUUGUGGAGCGAUGAGGCAAAAAUAGAAUUGUUCAGUUCGUUGUUUGGAAAAACAAAUAUUUAAUAAAAAAAUAUUGGAAUUA